AUAUGCUCACGUAAACGAAUUACAACAAAUUUGGCUUUUAACCAAAAAUUUCGGGGAAUGUGUACAAUGAUCUAGAACUUUGGCUGACAUUCCCAUUUUCUCUACCCAGUGAGCGCUUUGGGAUUGGAUGGUUAACUCCAUCGACCCAUGGCUUCUUCCUCUGCCAUUGCAAAAUCUUCUCCUUCUGCCAUUGUAAUAUCUUCUCCUUCUGCCAUUGCAUUCAAACCCUUCCAGAAAUUCUCUAACAAAACGCUUGCCUCUCAUAAAUUAUCUACAAAAUCAUCCAAAACCAGUCUAAGCCUACCGGUUAAGAGUAAGCUGCAAUCGGAUGGCAGCUUUUCAGUCCAAAGCGGCCCUGGUUCGAGUCCCUCCCAAACUAUAGAUUUCAAAUUAUUCUUCUCCGCAGGCAGCUCUGCUUUGCUCAAAUGCCAUCGAGGUGUCGAAAAGCUCUUAACUUCCAUAACAGAUGCUGAUCAUUUAUUUGUGUGGUGUACAAGCUUAGCGGUAAUGUUUUCUGUUGUAACGUGUAAUGUGGAUAGCGCCAAUGCUUUUGUGGUUACUUCUCCUCGAAAACUACAGACUGAUGAACUCGCCACUGUGAGACUCUUCCAGGAUAAUACUCCUUCCGUUGUUUACAUUACCAAUCUCGCCGUCAGGCAGGAUGCUUUCACACUGGAUGUUUUGGAAGUUCCUCAGGGUUCGGGAUCAGGUUUUAUAUGGGAUCAAAAGGGGCAUAUUGUUACUAAUUAUCAUGUUAUCAGAGGUGCCUCUGAUCUCAGAGUGACCCUUGGUGACCAGUCAACAUAUGAAGCAAAGGUAGUUGGAUAUGAUCAAGACAAAGAUGUUGCAGUGCUACGAAUUGAUGCCCCAAAAGAUAAAUUAAGACCCAUACCGGUUGGAACCUCUACAGAUCUUUUAGUAGGGCAGAAAGUUUUUGCAAUUGGAAACCCAUUUGGUCUGGAUCACACCUUGACAACUGGUGUCAUCAGUGGACUUCGGAGGGAGAUUAGUUCGGCUGCAACUGGUCGUCCCAUACAAGAUGUAAUUCAAACAGAUGCUGCUAUAAACCCUGGGAAUAGUGGAGGUCCAUUGCUUGAUAGCUCAGGAAGUUUGAUUGGUAUAAAUACUGCUAUAUACUCUCCAUCAGGAGCAUCAUCUGGUGUGGGCUUUUCAAUUCCAGUAGAUACUGUAGGUGGCAUUGUUGAUCAACUAGUUAAGUUUGGGAAAAUCACUAGACCUAUAUUGGGUAUUAAAUUUGCACCAGAUCAAUCUGUUGAGCAACUUGGUGUAACUGGAGUACUGGUGCUUGAUGCUCCCGCAGAUGGACCAGCUGGAAAAGCUGGUCUGAAAUCAACUAAACGAGAUGCAUAUGGCCGGCUUGUGUUGGGUGACAUUAUUACAGCUGUGAAUGGGAAGAAAGUCAGCAAUGGAAGUGAUCUCUACAGAAUUCUUGACCAGUGCAAAGUUGGUGAUGUGGUAACAGUGGAAGUUUUACGGGGAGACCAAAAAGAGAAAGUUUCCGUUACUCUGGAGCCAAAAGUUGAAGAGGUCAAAUCUACCUAAACAAAAGUGAAUUGUUUCUAUGGAGACAAGCCUUAAUGUUGUAUUGGUAACUAUUUUUAGUGUACUCUUGUCAAUGCAUGUAAGAAUAUGUAGAAUUGAGAAACUGAACUGUAAAUGUGCAUUAACUUUUCCCUUUUAAACAUAAGGGACCUUCUAAAUCUUGUCAGGUGAAAAGGGAAAUUUUGAGAUUCAAUAUCUCACCAUUUUUUCCACUAUGACACUAAUUAUAGACAUUUCAUCAUUUGUACUGAAGGAUGAUACAUAUUUUGUAUGCCUGACAUUUUGUUCUGAGAAGAACUACUCAUGGUAAUUUUGUAUCAUGCAAUUGUUACCAAUUAAUCUUCUAUUGAAACUCUCAACCAAUCUUUGUCGGAUUGUUUGUGUGGGUUUCAAUUUCUGUU